ACCCAUUCUACUGGCGUUCCAAUUCACUGAGAAUCCAAUGGCUAAUCACGACGACAAGAACGAUAACCACGAGGAAUUGAGCCCGCUCUUGGGCAAGCAAGUGGGAGAAGAGGAUGCCAAGAAAGCCGGCAAGGCCACCGACGCCAAGGCAGACACCGCCACGGUCACAGUCGACAAAGCUCCGGCUUCGGCACCCGGUAAUCGGCGGUACGGGUGGACCGCCAACGGAUUGCCUUUGGGGCACGGGAGCGUGGUGGGGGAGCCGAUGGGAGAAGAGGACGCCAAGAAAGCCGGCAAGGCCACCGACGCCAAGGCAGACACUGCCACGGUCACAGUCGACAAAGCUCCGGCUCCAGCACCCGGGAAUUUCGGCGGGUACGGGUGGACCGCCGACAGAUUGCCUUUGGGGCACGGGAGCGUGGUGGGGGAGCCGAUGGGCCGGGCCCACUGGGACUCGAGCCUCUUCGAUUGUCUCGGACGCAGCGAAGGGUUCUGUAACAGCGAUCUUGAAGUUUGCCUUCUUGGAAGUGUGGCUCCUUGUGUGCUGUAUGGAAACAACGCAGAGAGAGUUGCAUCUAGUCCUGGGAGUUUUGCAUGUCACUGCUUGAGUUACACUGGUCUAUUGUUGCUUGGAAAUUCCGUCUUUGGUUGGAACUGCCUUGCACCAUGGUUGUCAUUCGCUAGUCGUACUACCAUUCGUCGAAAGUUCAACCUAGAGGGCAGCUGGGAGGCACUUCAUAGGUCAUGUGGGUGCUGCGGAUGCUUUCUGGAGGAUGAGGUGCAGCGUGAACAAUGUGAGACUGCAUGUGACUUUGCAACUCACCUCUGCUGCCACAGGUGUGCUCUUUGUCAGGAAGGUCGUGAGCUCCGUCUUAGAUUGCCUCAUCCCGGGUUCAAUGCUCAACCAAUCCUGGUUAUGAUUCCUCCGGUAGAGCAGAGCAUGGGCCGUGGGGUCGGAGAGCUUCCUACCUUGGUGUGAAAAGUACUACUGUCUAUAUGGUACCAGUGUGAUAUGAUAUUGUGUAAACUGUAUUGGGGUUAUCUGAUCUGCAUCUGAAGGCCCUCCUACUUCGUUUGGGUAAAACACCAAUUCAUAAUGUAGACUUCACCUAUAUUUCAUGUUUAUGAUACGUGAUGUUUGUGGAUGUGA